AUGCGGACACCAGGAUCUUCGUCUUCGCCGGGAAACUGUCCCUUGGAGGACGACGGCGACGACUGCGGCGGCGGUAGUGACGCCUGUGUGAGGUUCACCGAUACAGACGGCGUCGAUACGAAGUUUCACUUGCCGGAUGUCGGGCGGGGCGCGUCUGGGGAGGGCGCCGAAGCAGAGGUCCCAACUCCCACCACAGAUCCUCUCUUUGCGCGGGUCCUUCAUUUGGCCGCCGUAACCGCAUCGAAGCGGAGCAGACCGACAGAAAUUCAGGCAAGGAUACCCUGCACGAUGUCUCUUCUCAAACCUCUUACCUGCGUGGACCAAGGUCGCUCGUUGAGGACUAUCUGUGGUAAGGGUGAUUCACCACUUGAUCCGGGCGAGUAUGGAUUGAGCGAUUCAUCUGCAAUAGCUUCUUCUUUUUUCACUUCCUCAGCGUCACCCUCCACGGAGACGCUGGAAAGUGCCACACACGUUUCCACGACGCUUGUCCCGCCGAUUGUACAGGUACCGAAAACGCCCAGCUAUCUGCAGCUGCAUCACUCUCCAGCAGUGGCGAACUGCCCUUGCAAAACAUUUCGAGCGUCUUUUUCUGCAAAUGAGGAAGAAAGAUGUAACAUUAGCGAUGAGGCGUGUUUUCAUGACACCAAGGAAAUUGAACUGCUGUUACCUACUGGCACUGCCAUUGUGGAAAAAACAGCUUCUACUUUCAUUUCGGACGACCCCCUGUCAGCUUAA